AUGGCUCAUCUUUCAACUGCUCUAAUUCACAGCGACGACAAGGAUAACAGAGUGUCUGAUGUUGCACCACCAAUCAAUGUCACAACAACUUUCCGUUACGAUAAUGAUGACCUGGUCCCAUGGACAGAAAGAGAAAACUUAGACUUCAUGGAAAAGACACCUAUCUAUUCCCGUCUAGCUCAUCCAAACAGUACCCGUCUUGAAUCUAUCUUCUCUGAAAUACUCGACGGUCAUGCAGUCAUUUAUUCUUCAGGUUUAGCUGCUUUCUUUGCAGCAAUGAUCCAUUAUAACCCAAAGAGAAUAUUCAUUGGCCAAAGUUACCAUGGUGUAAGAGCCAUUGCAAAUAUCUUAACGAGAAAUUUCCAAACAAAGCAACAUACGUUGGAUGAAAUUGAACAAUUCGCUCAACCUGGUGAUAUCGUUCAUCUGGAAACUCCUGUGAAUCCAUUUGGUACAUCGUUGGAUCUAGAGGAUUUUGCAAAGAAAGCUCAUGAAAAGGGUGCUUUGUUAUUGGUGGAUUCCACUUUUGCUCCUCCUCCUUUGCAAAACGUUUGGGAUUUUAAUGUGGAUAUCAUAAUGCAUUCUGCAACUAAAUACUUUGGUGGUCAUUCUGAUUUGUUAAGUGGGGUGUUAGUCGUUAAGGAAGAGGCUGUGGCAAGACAAUUGAGAGAUGAUAGAAUUUAUUUAGGUACUAAUGUGGCUAAUUUGGAAAGUUUUAUGCUUUUAAGAUCAUUAAGAACUUUUGAAAUGAGAAUGUUGAAACAAUCUGAAAAUGCUACAAAGAUUGUCUCAUUUUUGGAUUCCAAUCGUGACAAAUAUGAUAAAGUUUUGAAGAGUAUUACUCAUAGUUCUUUACAAAAGGAAUCAUUUGUUAAGAAGCAGUUGAAAGGGGGGUAUGGGCCUGUAUUUUCAAUUAGUUUAAUGAACAAGGAACAAUGUAAGAAAUUUCCUCCAAUGUUGAAGUAUUUCCAUCAUGCAACUUCAUUAGGUGGUAUAGAAUCGUUAGUAGAAUGGAGAGCAAUGACUGAUCCAUACAUUGAGCAAACUUUAAUUAGAGUUUCAAUUGGCUGUGAAAAUGCCGAUGAUUUGAUCCAGGAUUUAGCAAAUGCUUUAGAAACUUUGCAAAAGGAAAGCAGUAAUUAG